AUGGCCGACUUGUGUAUCAAGUAUGGCAAAAAGCUCAUGGCCAGGUAUCGAGCAUACAAAACUGCUGAACAAGGCAUCUUGGAACUAAUCCUACGGGUCGAGCAUCAUUGGUUGAGGACGGAAUCUCAAGUUGAGUUCCUUCGAAGCAUAUGGUCUGUCCUAGCGGAUUCUCUUCAGGUCCACCAAAACAAUAUCCUGCAGGUGCUCUACCUCAAGCUCCAGGAAGCGACCAUGACUAUGGAUCAAAUGAUUGGCACUAGAAGCGAAGAACCUUCAAUGCAAGAUGUCCUGUCUAAGAGCGGUCCAUUCCGCAAGGUCAAGUUCGCGCUCAAGCUCAAAGAUUGCCUCCAGAAAACGUUGGAAGAUCUUUCUACGUGGCAAGAAAUGCUUGACCCGUCUUGGUUUCUUAUGAUCCGGGUUCCAAGCACAGUCAUUGACCAACAGCUAUCAUCGCCUACAUUAGGUAGCCAGAGCUCACUCUCGACUAUCAGAAGUAUAAGAGAAGAGCUGCGCACCACGGAUAGCAACAAGGAGGGCUCCAUAUUCAUUGGGGCCGAUAUUUUAUCUACUACAAGACUUCAUAUUCCAUUCUCCUUCUCGCAGAUAUGUCACGAUACAGGGUCUUCGGAUAGUGUAAUUGUUGACCCAGUUCUGUGCGAUGCUCUGACAGAUACCAAGGCCAUGACUAGGGACAUUCGAAAUCUUGCAAGGGUUCUCUCCAAGAUCGACCCUCUCGUCUUUGGACUUCUUUCCUGCCGUGGGGUCAUCAGGUGUCUGAACGCCAACAAUGAUCUAUCGCGAUUUGAGUUCGUGUUCAAAAUCCCACCCACCCUUCACAACCCAACCAGCUUGCGGGCGAUUCUCGCUCAAGGUCGUGACAAUCAUGCUUUGAAUGACCGCUUAGACCUUGCGAAACAGCUCGCAAGUUCCGUCCUCUUCAUCCACAAUGCUCAAUUUGUCCAUAAGAACAUACGGCCUGAGACCGUGCUCGUCUUGGAGAGUGAUUCAUCUGGAGUUGGCGUUCCCUUCCUCGUUGGGUUUGAAAAAUUCCGUCCAAUCGAUCGCCAUACCCAUCGAGCAGGAGAUUCACGGUGGGAACGCAAUUUAUACCGACACCCCAAACGUCAAGGACUCAUUUUGGAAGAAGACUUCACCAUGCAACACGACGUCUACAGCUUGGGUGUUUGCCUUCUCGAGAUCGGCUUGUGGAUAUCGUUCGUACUUUGGCAAGCGACUGCAGAUGAGCCAUCACCCAACCCGAUACUUGGUUUUGACGACCUCCUGAAACUUAAGGAUGAGCGGAAGAAAGCGUUCGAGAUCAAGAAUAUCUUAGUUGCCAUGGCCAAGGAGCGACUGCCUCAUAAGAUGGGAAAGAGAUAUACUGAGAUCGUUGUAGCUUGUCUGACCUGUCUGGACAAAGGAGUUACCACUCUUGGGGAGGAAAGCGAUUUCGAGGAUGAAGAUGGGAUUCUGGUUGCAGUCCGCUAUAUUGAAAAGGUAAGCACUGUUCUUCGUCUCCUGGUGUCAGUCAUCACUGGUGUUGCUAAUGGCAUGUGA